AUGGCAUCGAAACCAGGGAACUAUUUAUUGAUAACGGGCGCCACCGGGUUUCUCGGGAAGGUUGUUCUGGAGGAAAUCGUCCGCCAGGAAUGUGGUCAAGUCUUUGUAUUGAUUCGACCAAGGGAAGGACGAGAUGCGAUUCGCAGGUUUCAUGAUGAGAUCGCAUCGUCCCCGUGUCUUGCCCUCGUUCGUCAGGGCUGGGAAGGAUCGGUGGAAGUGGUCGCUGGUGAUCUUACCCUUCCAGAUCUCGGAAUCGGCUCCAGAUCUGUUCGGAGACUGUCCAGUCUUGUCACACACAUCAUUAACUGUGCUAGUGUGAAGGCAUCUGACAGUGUCAGUCUAUCCAACAUAGGCACUCAAGAUAUCACCAACACUUUGAAUCUUCUUGAACUAGCCAAAAAAUGCAGUCUCCUACGACGUUUUGUACACACGUCCACGGCAUACGUUGCGUCUCUGUCUCCCGGGCCUUUGUUUGAGAUAUUGCAACCACAGUCGAAGCCGGCGAGUACCUUGUACAACGAAUUACUGGUCAGUGAUGGGAACAUCCUCGCAGGAAGCGGUUACCAUAAUAUCCUGACGCUAUCAAAAGCCUUGACAGAGAAUUUGUUGCUGGAGAGACACGGUUCCGUUCCUCUUACAAUAGUAAGGCCAAGCUUCAUGUCCGCAAGUUGGCAACACCCUUUCCCUGGCUGGGUGGAGGAAGAGUCAGCAUUUGCUGGCUUCAUGAUCGCAUGCGCGUUAGGGCUGAUUCAAACCACGGAUAAGGAUCCUCAGGCGAUAGUCGACAUCAUUCCAGUGGACGAGGUUGCCAAGCGACUGAUCGCAGAAGCCUUGGACACAUAUCGACCAUGGGUUCCUUACAAGAUCGUAUAUGCGGUGGCUUCCCUUUGUAAAGGUGUGCGUCUUGGGCGAGCUAUCUCCCUUAUAACCACACAUUUCCAAGCAUCUGGUGGUGGUUUGAUUUGUCCACUGACAAUCCGCUCGCCCAAAACUGGGUUGUCUACAAUGGGCGAGACAAUGGAUGAAAAAAUUAAAGACUGUCAUUGGACAAAAGAGCGCAUAUCUCGCAUUUUGUCACGCCUGGGAGAUGUAUCAGACUAUCUGGGCUUUUCAUACGAUUUCCGGCCCUCUGUACCCUUGACGGGGUCAUUCAGCAUUGAGGACCAUAUGUUGACCUCGUGUGACUGGUCACGGAAAUACCUCGUUUGUGAUCUAACACAGGAGUGUGUCCGAGGCCAGCCCAAUACUAAGUCACUCAAUACUGUUACCCGGCAGCCCUCUCUCGGUAAAGACAGAAGCUUCGCAUUUCGUACCGCAUCAUUGCUGUUUGACAAAGUGCUGCGAAAAAUGUAUCACGAAGUUACUUUCGACCUCAGCUCAUUCCAGAGCGCCCUGGCGAAAGUUCCACAAGGGACUCACCUAGUCAUCGUUCCAACCCAUCGAAGCUACGUGGAUUUCUUGAUUUUGCCGUACAUCUUCCUAACAAGGACUGACGUCGGCAUCAAACCUCCACGUAUUGCAGCAGCAGCGGAGUUUUCUAAGAUUCCCGGGUUAGGGAGACUUCUUCCUCGACUGGGAGCCUUUUACCUUAAAAGAGGUCAAGGGAAGGCCGAUCCUUAA